ACAUUUUAGUGUUGCUCUUGUGCUUCUGUGCAUCGCACUGCGAAGGGGUCCCAGUGGUCCCUUGGGAAUACAGGGAGUUGUGAGAAGUUACACAACUGGCCACCAGACUAAUCCACUCCCUCUACCUUCCCGCGAGUACCUCCCCCUUCUGCUCCUUUUUUCAAUAGCAGCGCUUUCUCAAAAUCUCAGGUUACUUUGCUAAAGAGUUCUCAGCCUUAUAGUUUCUGCCCUUGUCUCUGCCUCCAGCUCCUUAAGAGCCACCCAACCCCAGCGAUUGGAUUGGGCAGCCCGUCUUGACACACCACUGUGCUGAGUGCUUGAGGACGUGUUUCAACAGAUGGUUGGGGUUAGUGUGUGUCAUCACACUCGAGUGGGGAUUAGGGGAGAGAGGCAGCCUUGCUGGAGCUGUGUGGUCUUCCCCAAGUGUGAGCUGCAAGCAAAAGAAGAAAUACCUAGCUCUGGGGGAGAAACGGGAAGAAUCGUUUCCAGCAGCUCAGAGGGAAAAAUAAACCCGCACACUUUGUUCAGUUCUUCACAGUAACUGUCACAUACCUCUGGUGCUUAUGAAUUAUUGGCCUCCUACUUGUGAAAGAAAUCUAACACUGUCCUCACCACUUACAGUAAACUUCUGCAUUCUCCAAAUAAGAGAGGCAAAUUUCCAGCAAAAAAAAAAGGACUGAACUGAGAGUGGAAAAAUAAUGAUAAUAUUUCUUUCUUGCAUAAGAAAAAGGUUUUGCCCAUAAUAAAUUCACUGAGCAAGACAUAUGGACUUCUAUCCAAUGCUAUGAAAAUUAACCAAGGCACAUUAACUUCAGGAAAUUUUCAAAGGACAGAGAAAGAAGCUGUAACAAGCAGUUCUGGAGACUUUGAAGCACAGUACUGAAGUCUCUGACUGACAAGCCUUCUGCUUUCUCCUUCUCCCAGGGCUCCUCCUACAGAUGUUCUGAACACGUCUGCAUUCCGGCAAUUUUUACUGCACCCAGGUCUUGAAAACUAGAGUUCAGGAACUUCUGGAUCAGUCUUUUCUUUGAAAUACUGGAACUACUAUGAAGCCUUCUUGGUUUGCACUCAUGUUGGCAGUGCUCAGUACUGAAAUGCUAACAAGUCACUCUUCCACCAUCAAGUCCCCGAGGUUCAGAGGACGUGUGCAGCAGGAGCGAAAAAAUAUCAGACCAAAUAUCAUCCUUGUACUCACAGAUGAUCAAGAUGUGGAGCUAGGGUCCUUGCAAGUGAUGAAUAAAACCAGGAGGAUUAUGGAGAAUGGAGGGGCCUCUUUCAUCAAUGCCUUUGUAACUACCCCCAUGUGCUGCCCAUCUCGUUCCUCCAUGCUGACUGGGAAGUAUGUGCACAACCACAACAUCUACACCAACAAUGAAAACUGCUCUUCUCCCUCAUGGCAGGCUACUCACGAGCCUCGCACCUUCGCUGUGUAUCUCAAUAACACUGGGUACAGAACAGCUUUUUUUGGGAAAUACCUCAAUGAAUACAAUGGCAGCUACAUCCCUCCUGGGUGGAGAGAGUGGGUUGGAUUAGUGAAGAACUCUCGCUUCUAUAAUUACACCAUUUCUCGCAAUGGUAACAAAGAGAAGCACGGAUUUGAUUAUGCAAAGGACUACUUCACAGACCUAAUCACUAAUGAGAGCAUUAAUUACUUCAGAAUGUCUAAGAGGAUAUAUCCCCAUAGGCCCAUAAUGAUGGUCAUCAGCCACGCUGCACCCCAUGGCCCCGAGGAUUCUGCACCGCAGUUCUCAGAGCUCUACCCCAACGCUUCACAGCACAUCACUCCCAGCUAUAACUAUGCACCAAACAUGGAUAAGCACUGGAUUAUGCAGUACACAGGGCCCAUGCUGCCAAUCCACAUGGAGUUUACCAAUGUCCUGCAGCGAAAAAGACUUCAGACCCUGAUGUCAGUUGACGACUCUAUGGAAAGAUUACACCAAAUGCUUGCAGAGAUGGGAGAACUGGAGAAUACCUACAUUAUUUACACUGCUGACCAUGGAUACCACAUUGGGCAGUUCGGACUGGUCAAGGGGAAGUCAAUGCCGUAUGACUUUGAUAUUCGAGUUCCUUUCUUUAUUCGUGGUCCAAGUGUGGAGCCGGGAUCAGUUGUGCCUCAGAUAGUUCUGAAUAUUGAUCUUGCUCCAACAAUUCUGGAUAUAGCAGGCCUUGACACACCUCCAGAUAUGGAUGGCAAAUCUGUCCUAAAGCUACUGGACUUGGAGAGACCUGGAAACAGGUUUCGAACAAACAAGAAGACCAAAAUUUGGCGUGACACAUUUCUAGUGGAAAGAGGCAAAUUUCUACGCAAGAAGGAGGAACCCAACAAAAACACUCAGCAGUCUAAUCAACUACCAAAGUACGAGAGAGUAAAAGAAUUAUGUCAACAAGCAAGAUACCAGACAGCCUGUGAACAACCAGGACAGAAGUGGCAGUGCACAGAGGAUGCUUCUGGCAAGCUUCGAAUUCACAAGUGCAAGGUGUCGAGCGACAUCCUCGCCAUCAGAAAGAGAACGCGCAGCCUCCACUCCCGGGGCUACGGCGGCAAAGACAAAGACUGCAACUGUGGAGACACUGAUUACCGGAACAGCAGGACCCAAAGGAAAAAUCAAAGACAGUUCCUGAGAAACCCUAAUGUGCAAAAAUACAAACCUCGAUUUGUUCACACUCGCCAAACCCGGUCCUUGUCUGUGGAAUUUGAAGGUGAGAUCUAUGAUAUAAAUCUGGAAGAGGAAGAGCUGCAGGUGUUGAAGACCAGAAGGAUCACCAAACGUCACAAUGCUGGAAAUGAGGAGGAAGGAGAGGAAACUGCUAGUGCUGCUCGUGACACUAUGGUUGCUGAUGGCACUGAUGCUUUGGGUCAACCCAGCUCUGUCAGAGUGACACACAAAUGUUUCAUUCUUCCAAAUGACACUAUUCACUGUGAGAGGGAGCUGUACCAGUCUGCCAGAGCCUGGAAGGAUCACAAGGCUUACAUUGAUAAGGAGAUUGAAGCUCUCCAAGACAAAAUUAAGAAUUUGAGGGAAGUUAGAGGCCACCUAAAAAGAAGAAAACCAGAUGAAUGUGAUUGUAGUAAACAGAGCUAUUACAACAAAGAGAAAGGGGUAAAGGCCCAAGACAAACUCAAGAGCCAUCUUCAUCCCUUCAAAGAAGCAGCACAGGAGGUGGAUGGCAAACUGCAGCUGUUCAAAGAGAACCGGAGAAGGAAGAAGGAGCGGAAGGGAAAAAGGCGCCAGAAGAAGGGAGAUGAGUGUAGCCUUCCCGGGCUGACAUGUUUCACCCAUGACAACAACCACUGGCAAACAGCACCAUUCUGGAACUUGGGCUCUUUCUGUGCUUGCACAAGCUCCAACAACAACACUUACUGGUGUCUGCGAACAGUUAAUGACACCCACAAUUUUCUGUUUUGUGAGUUUGCAACUGGCUUCUUGGAAUAUUUUGAUAUGAACACUGAUCCCUAUCAGCUGACCAAUACAGUUCACACAGUGGAAAGAGGCAUUUUGAAUCAAUUACACGUCCAGCUUAUGGAACUGAGAAGUUGUCAAGGUUACAAGCAGUGCAAUCCAAGGCCAAAGGGACUUGAAACAGGAAAUAAAGAUGGAGGAAGCUAUGAUCCACACAGGUAUCCACUCUUUUUUAUUCUCCUCAGCAGCUUCUUUCCAAAUAAUUGCAUGACUCCAGUCCAUUUCAACUAAUGUCUGUAUCCUGCCAUGUUGCACACAGCGUAGCUUUUGAUGCAUGCAUUUUCUAACUACCCUACACUGAACUUGGCCAUUGUUUUUUAGAUCUACCAUUCUGCAUUUAACGUAGCUCAUUGUCAUAGCAAGACUUCAUACAGCUCAUAUUUCAUGCCUGUACUCCUUAGAUGUUUGCCCAAGGAAAAUUACACAGGAAGAAUCACCUCUUUUGGGUUGCUCUUGUGUUAUCGUGUUGAUUUUGGAUGGGUUGGAGGUGUUUUUCUGGUUUUAUUUAGUAGAUCUUCACAGCUGCUUUUUGAAUGUAAACUAAGUAUGCUUAAAAGGCUUUCUGAAGUACAAAGAACCUAGUCAAACCUAUGGAAGCAAAGCAAAAUCUUCUCACUGGCUUUUGGAAAUGUUGGCAGAUACCACUUUAAGCAAAAGCAGUGCUCAAUAUGAGCAGCCUGUGCUCUGAAGCCAGCAGGAGAGUGUUCAAUUUAAGUGUGACAGAAAGAUGAAGCUCCUUUGGGCUGGGACCAGAUCAGACAAGCAUGAAAUAAAAUUUCCUUAAAAGGUUGUAUUAUUUGAACUGAGGAAAGGCACCAGGUGAGGUUUUUUAAACCUAACACUUGAACCUGAGGAAUACAUGACAGACAUCUCUUUGAAAGUAUAUUUUUUCUGUUUAAAAGUAUACUUAUUGUACCUACAUGUUCAUCAUUCAGAGCCCUGUGUCUCCUGGUGGAGAAACCAGACAGACAUAUAGCAAAAACCUGAAGAGACUGAAAAAACUGUUCUUGUUCUCAGGGUGAAAAACAGAUUAACAUCUGUGGAGUGUCAUAUUUAGACUGGACUCCUUUUCACAGUUUAUCAGUUUUAUACAUUUUCACCUCUGUACACUUUGGAGGAGUAGCUGCUGAUAUACAUUGCUUACUUGAAAAGUAAACAAGGGAGUCCAAGGGGUAUACAAGUCUACAUAAAACCUUUUACACAGAGUCUUCUGUAAAGAACCUUUUCAUUAGUUUCCAGGAGUCAGAAAAAAAUUAAGCUAAUGUAUUUCAAUGUGUAGAUCUCAAUUUAGGCAGCUACAUUUGAUCUCAAUCAAUUUAAGCAGCUACAUUUUCUUUUGCAGCCAAUUUUGUAUUUCCUGAUUUUGGGAUCUAGGAAAAUGAUAAGCUUUCGUUUGGCUUGUAUCCCACUGUUUGCAUUGCUCAUUACAGCCUGCUGUGAACUGGUUGCUACAAUGAUAGAAAGCAAUCCCUGUAAUUAUGCUUUUAAGCCUUUCAUUAGAAGAAGUCCUUGUAAGUAAGCAUUCCUCAUUUUAACUACAGGUCUAACAGAAAUGGCAUUUUUGAAUUGUAGGAUUAUAUGAAAUAGAGCACGCAGGAUUAAUCUUUAAAUUAUAUCUUCCUACACUGUUUAGCAACAAAAACAUUUAAAUUUUUGAUACCAAAGAACGUACAAUAAACAUUUUAGUAAUGUGACAAAUAGCAGUAUAAUAUAAUAUAAGCAAUAUUGUUCUGUGUUGUGGCAUUGCAGACACCCAGUUUCUCAAUUUACACAUUCAGCAUUUUGAUUCAAGCCCCAUCUUGGUGGAAUGUUUUUCUUUUCUUAAACAAAACAAAACCAACCAACCAAAACAAAACAAAAAUUACCAAUUCCCAUUUAUCAGGAAUCAUUACAAUGAUUUAAUAGUGGAUCCUUUUGUUGCUGCCUGCAGAGAACAGUUGGAAUAACAAUGGAAAGUCAUCUAAACUGCUCCUAAGGCUUCCUUCAGAUCAUGUAUCUUCUCACUUAGACCUGUUUCCAGUUCAAAAUGCCCUGAGUUAGUGAAGCACUGCCUGUGCUGCAGUAAGGCACUGGGCCAACAGGCCCAUGUGGAAAUAGAAUGAUGCUGUUUGCUUUGCACAAAGGGACAGAGAGCUUCAGCAGGGAAGAACUGGUGCCACCUCUGCCCUAUGAUGGACGGAGUGUGGCUCUGCAGACAAGACUGAUAACAGGAUGUGUGAACUGCACAUUCCUCUCUUCUCUCUUACUUGUCUGAAGUUCUUCAAAGCCACCAAGGAUAUGAUUUUACCCACCUGUCUCUAGUCUCAAAGGAGACAUAUUCAAAUCUCUUAUUAGUUUUGAGAUAAAACAGGCACAGAUGGCAUUAUAGAGGAUGCCAGGGUAGGAUAAAUGGAGAGUAAAGCUUAACUAAAGCUUGAUGUACAAAUGAAAAAACAAACAGCAAAACAAAACAAAAAAAAAAAAAAGAGCAAAUUUUGCUUUCAACAGCUAGCAACAUUUUUCAUUUUUUUUUUCUCUUUUGGAUCUAUGUCAGAGCUGAGAAAUUCCAAAAUAUUGAUCAAGGAAACUACUGCCAUGCUGUUUCUCAAAUGCAACUCAUCUGCACUUUCCCAUUUCAUACUUAUUUGUAACAAAAUUUCUUACAGGGGAAAAACCUCUUCUUUCCUCUCCUCUUCCCUCUGUUUGCUUUAAUUUCAGUGGGAGAUUUUCAUGCUUACUGCAAGUUGUGGAAUUAAACUGUGAAGUAAUUUGCUCAGUCAACCAAAAUAGCUCUAGGACCUUAAGACUUUGCUUCCCUGUUUGUUUAACAUAUAUGAAUAUAAGUUAUCUCUGUCUUCAAACAAGCUAUUUUCCUCUGUGUGACACAAAGAUCAUGGAACAAUUCCCAGUGCCUUCCCAGCUGUGAAACUUCUCUGAGACUGCAGAAACAGUGCCACAUUUAGAGAGCAAAAAAUAGAUCCAGAAUGAAGGACCAUGUAGCUCUGACUCAGACUUUCAGCUAUUUUGUAGGAACACUGCAAAUCCUUUGCUGAUCUUACUCCUGUGCAGCACAGCCCCAUUGCCCUGAUGCUGAGCCUCCUCAGAAAUCCUGUUCCUCUUUACUGGUCCCCAGACUUCCCCACUGCCCAGCCUUCCACCCAGCUCAAGCCUCUGUUCCCCUGCUGGGGAUGGGCAGCAGAGGCUCUCCUGGACCCAAAUGCACCUUUAUAGCUCUUGCUUUGCCCCCCCCAGUCCCCUGGGCUGUCCCCAAACCUGUUACCAGUCAAACAGCAUCUCUCCUGUUCCAGUUCCUGCCAUAACAUAACAACCCUCGUGACUGUCCCUGCAACAGUUUGUUUUCCUAUACAGGCUCUGACUUGGCAAAGGAAAAAAAAAAACCAAACGCUACCAAUAAAAAUAAUAGCAGAAAAAUUUAAA